CUCAGUCAAUAACUAUUUAUUUUGUGCUUUUGAGUUUUGCCUAUAAUCUGAAUAAUACCGUCAAGACGUCGACCUUCGACCUUGUGGCCUAUUCCGGAGGGCACUUCAAGUUCAUAUUUCAACAACUAAUAAAUAUUAUUGAGUAAGAUCGUUUGGAAAACGUCCUUAUUUCCUAAAUCAUGUCUGUCGUCUACAAAGCCGUAAUUUCAGCAGCCGACAAAGUUGUACCUCGGGGCUUGAGGCCACUUUGGGAACAUCCAGCGGGUCCUAAGACUAUUUUCUUCUGGGCGCCCGCUUUUAAAUGGGGCUUAGUUAUAGCUGGAAUUGGAGAUAUUACCCGUCCGGCAGAAAAAAUUAGUAUAUCUCAAUGCUCAGCAUUAGCUGCUACUGGUAUAGUGUGGUCACGAUAUUCGCUCGUCAUCAUACCCAAAAACUGGAGUUUAUUUAGUGUUAAUGUUUUUGUGGGUGCUACAAAUUUGUAUCACUUGGUCAGAGCUUUUAUAUACCAGCAAGAACAAAAGAAAGCAUUGGAAAAUGGCAAUAAAAGUGAUAGUUAAUUUAAUGUGUAUUAAAAUAUGUAAUUCUAAGAUAAAAUAAUUGUACUGUUUUUAUUAUACAAAAU